AUACAUUUUAUAACUCAAGAUCCACCGAACCGAUUUCGAUAAAAAUUUCAGGGCAUUUUAAGAUUGAUAUAUAGAUGGUUUCUGUGAAGUUUGUACGCUGUGCGAUAUGUGGUCUCGCAGUUAUGGCCUUUUAAGUGCACACCUGGCGACAUGGCGAUAUUUAUUUUUGUAUAUAUUUAAGUGCAAACUUACAUACUAAUGAAAUAGGUACUGUCCGCUAAGAUAUUUGAAAAGUUAGUUGGAAUAUCGUGGGUAUUGUUUGAUUGUACUAUUGGUGGAGAUGCACUAAUAAAUUGGAUUUCUAUAAUAUAUGGUGUUCCGGCGAGGAAAUAAAUUUGAGUGGACUGUAUUUUUUGUAUAUUUGAUAUAUUCAAUGUAGCAUAAAUAUUAUAAUUCAUUAGUAAAGGUACUACGACAGUAACCAAAAUAUAAUAAUUUAUGUUGGGUUUGAAUCGUAAUAAUAAUGUGUAUGAAGUCCAUCUGUGCAAGUCUGCCCUGGGUGGGUCUUGCUGCAGAAAGCUCCGUUGAACACGCACUGAUUAGAUUUGGUGCUCCGCACUCGUAUUUAUAAGCUAGGUCUCGCCCGCUGCGUUGACUGCUGCUGCUGCUGCCCCGUUUAAAACUGCGUUCUGCCCUCGUAGGUCCGUAUGCGAUACGGCCGGUCCCGUGUUCCGCGACAGACAGGCGGGCGCCCGCCAGUCCGGCGGCGGGGCGGCUUAUUUAUUCAUUUUCGUCGAAUACGCGGGUCAUCAAAAAGAUUCGUUUUGAGCAAUUUGUAACUGUACAUUAUUGCAACCGGUGUCCCUUGUGACCGAACCGGUCUAGGUCCGGCCGAUACAGUCGUACGCCUCCCGACGUCAAACGUGCUUGGUGCAGCAUUUUAUUCGUGACUAUCGGCUCGCGAUAGGGCCGACCGACUGUAUUCCGAAUCUCAUAAUAUUAUGCGCAAACAAAUAGUUGGCUGACUGCCCAGUGUGAUAUUUUUCAAACCACCAUAUUACCCUUAAGAAAGAUUGUGAUGACAUCGGAAAAUCCUUCGCGUGGCGCGAACAAAGGUAUUCGGGCUUCAGGCAUAAUUUCUCUUAAGGGAAACAAUUGUUACGUUUACUUUUAGGCUUUAUAAUAUAUAGUAGACGACUGUGUAUAGGUACUAUUACUUAUUAGUUAUUAGUAUAAUAUUUAUUCAACGUGACAAAUAAUUACAAAAUACUGAGAAAUUACUGCUAGCUCAGUAUUGUAAUAAUUAAUCAUCGACCUCUUGGCUCAUAUUUAUAUACCAACGGGAACACUUUUUGGACGCCUAACAUUAUUCGAAUAAUAAAAUAAAAACGCAUGAUUUUAUUACAACUAUGACGCCACUGCCGCUAUAUUUACAUGCGCCGCUGUCGGCUUGUAAUCUAAUUAGUCAGUCGGCCGGUCCAUAGAAAUUUGUCCUACAUAGGCUAUAUUUUAAGUGAACCUAAAGUAAAGUUUAUACAAUUGAAAAUUGAGAUAAGCAAACGUUUUUUAUCCUAAAUAAUUGUUGCAAAAAUUAAGUUAUCAUAAAUUUUUAUUUUUAUUUAAAUAACUUCAUUUUCUAAUAAUUUAAUUUGCAUACAGCGCUCUGGUAUGACAACAGUAUUAAAGUAUCCGAAAUCAGUUUGGUAUAUAAUCGGAAAUGAGUUUUGCGAAAGAUUUAGUUAUUUUGGACUUAAAGUCUGUGCAUACUUAUCACCAUUGUUUGGUGCCAUCAUCGCAGAUUCUUAUUGGGGAAAAUAUAAAACCAUCUUCAUCUUGUCUAUUGUACAUGCGAUAGGAAAUAUCUUGGUGGCUGUUGCAUCAUUUGUCACUUCGAUAAGUUUAAAUUUUCAAAGAUUAUUUACGAUAGUUGGUCUACUGUUAACAUCAAUUGGAGCAGGUGGAAUAAAACCGUGCGUAUCUUCUUUUGGUGGUGACCAGUUUGUAGUACCAGAUCAAGAGGAUCAUCUGCGAAAGUUCUUUUCUGUAUUUUACUUUACUAUUAAUGCGGGGUCAUUGUUAUCGACGUUCAUUACACCAGAACUGAGGAAAUCAGUUCAGUGUUUUGGAAAAGAUUCAUGUUUUCCAUUAGCAUUUGGGGUUCCUGCUAUUCUUAUGUUGAUUUCAAUAGGUAUAACAUUUAGCAUACUUCAUGACUCAUUGAAUGCUUGAGGAACUACCAGAAUAUCUACAUAUUGUUUAUUAAAAAAAUAUUAAUUCUAUGAUGUACCUACCGUACAUAUUAAUUAUGCUUAUAAAUUAAUAAUAUAUAUAUUAUAU